CUUUUCUCUUCGUACGAGACUGCCAACUUCCACAGAGUAUAUCGUCAAAGCGACAAUCAACACGUUAUGACUCGGCGUCUUGUACAAGCUGGCGACAUCGAGCAACAGGCUGUGGAACACGCCAGACCUCAACUCACCACACUUCCAGACGAAGUCAUUCAAGCGAUAUUAUCCGUCUCGCCACCCACAACAGCAGUCUCUUUACAGCAAACAUGCCGACGUUUUGCAAGUGUAGCAAAUGAACCGCUCUUAUGGAGACAGUACUGUCAAACAUAUCGCUGGUGGGAUAAACGACAUAACAUCAAACAGAAAUUCCAAGAUGCCUCCUUUGCCGACUGGAAGUCUCUCUACGCCAACCGACAUACUUCAUCCCACGCUACACGGAACGCCGUCGACAGAAUCGUCGCCGAAGAGCUCGGACGACUUGAUUGGAUCAACAUUAUUCUCGAAGCCGGCUAUGAUGCCAAAGAAGCGCUCUUGGACAUGUUCCGGAACGCUGCCUCGUCUCAAAAUCACCUGGCGCAGAAAUACUGGAGCCAUGCGGCGCUCGGCUGUCUACACCGAAUACUGGCGGUGGACGAAUGGGUAGCCAUCAAGGCUGGCGGUGCAGGCGCCGACUCUUAUGAAAUACCACUCGCCAUUCUGGACCUCUUCAUCCUCGGAGAGAGUGAACAUGGCGAUAUUGAUGAUAUUUUUGAGAGACUCGAUUCAUAUGCGUCCUCAGUACGCAGUGCUAAUCCUGACAUUGACGAAUUUUCACCACGCAAGAAGGCAAUGACCAUCGCCGAGCAUCUGUUGCAGAACAAAUGGGUUGGCAUCCAAGACGACCGCCACUACCACAGCCUCGACCAUAUGUUUCUUGGGGUCGCCCUGUUCAGUGAAAAUCGAAAUUCGGUCCCACUCAUUUCGGCUGUCAUAUACUGCUACGUGGCACGCCAGUUCAACCUCCGAGCCGCACCAUGCAGCUACCCUUAUCAUGUCCACGCAUUAGUACAGCCGCCACCAGGCAUUGACAUCAACGGCAAUCCUCUGCCGGAGCACCCUCGUCCUGAACAACAAUCCGAGCUCACGCACCUUUACAUGGACCCUUUCAACACUUCCGAACCCUUAUCCUAUUCGACGUUGCUGGAACGGGCGCGAUUCAUUGCCCCCACGUCCACAGCCGCCCAAUUAGCUUCAUACCUCUCCGCGGCAUCACCACGAGACCUCACCAUCCGUACUGCCCACAACAUCCUGUCGUCGCCAUCGCACUACCGGGGCCCACCUGUGCACCCCAUCAACCCCAACCUCGCCACAUACGCGGCCCUGUUCUCCCUCGUCCUUUUGCCUUCAUCACCAAGUCACCACCAGCCAGCGCAACUCCGCCAACACCUCUCCGUCCUGACACAGCAUUUCCUCGAGUACUUCGACCUCGACAUCCACCUCUUCGAAACGCGCAUCCUCUCACUCACGAAUUUCUUGCCCGACGCCCGGGCGUAUCGGAAUCUGAUCCACCAACUCAAGGACUCGGACCACGAAUCGCGACCUCCGAAAUACCGCUCCGAGCCCCGCAACGACGUCGUCACGUACCGCGUCGGCCACGUCUUCCGGCACCGUAUUCGGGAGUACCUCGCCGUGAUUUAUGGCUGGGACCCGUACUGUCGGAUGCAGGAGCAGUGGAUCGCGCAUAACCAGGUCGACCGGUUGCCGAAUGGCCGACACCAGCCCUUCUACAACGUCCUGGUCGACGACGAGUCGACGAGGUACGUCGCCCAGGAGAACGUGAUCGUGUUGUCGCCAGAGGAGAUCACCGAGGAGGUGCUCAACUCUUUCCCCAUCGAGAUCGGGAAGUGGUUCAAGCGGUACGAUCCAAGCACGGGCAUGUUUGUGAGUAAUGUGCGUGAAGAGUAUCCUGAUGAUUGAGGUGAGGUGAGGGUUUGGUGAGUGGUGAGUGGUGUGAGGCGGGGUUUUUAGUCUUCUAGGUUGGCACAUCGUGACUGAACCUCCAUCUGUGGAUCGGCAAUGCAAAAGGUAUGGAGGCGGAGGCGGGGAUUAGUAUAGCUGGCGGGAAUACGAAAUGACUCUCCUACGGAGUAUUCGGCUGGCAUUCGGAUACAAAACUCUCUUCCGAGUAUUGGCUAGCGUAAUGAUGAAUGAAUGUAAUCGUCCUGGUCAUGGUCAUGGUCAUGGUCCUGGU